AGCAGCAGCAUCAGCAUCAGCAACAACCACAACAACAACAUCGACAAAUGGAUUACAUGCAAUGAUUUCAUCUAUAGCAGCUGCAGCCGCAGCAGCCGGAACAACAACAACAACAACAACAACAACAGCAACAAAUCAUCAACAACAAUCAGAUAUGUUAAUGAAUAGAAUACCAAUUGAUUCAUUAACAACAACAAUCGGUAAUGGUUGUACAUUGAAUAGUAAUGGUUUUGAUCUUCAACAAGCAUUAUUAGCACGAUUAGGACAAGCUGCAUCAUCAAUAUUGACAAAUGAUUUGGAUCCAUCGAUUUCAGCAACAAUAAUAAAUAAUAAUAAUUCAAUUUAUAAUUAUAAAGCCAAACAAUUAUCAUCAUCACCAUCGUCACCAUCAUUAUUACCUCCACCACCACUACCACCACACAACAACAACAACAACAACAACAAGUUAAUCAUCAUGUCAAUUCCUAUCUAUCAUCAUCAUCAUCAUCAGCAGCAGCAGCAGCAGAUUUUGUCAAUGAAAUAAUAGAUCAAAAUAUUGGCUGUCGACCAUCAUCGGCCAAUACAAAUAUUGUUGUUGUUGGUAAUAAUAAUAAUAAUAAUGGGAUGACAUCGACAACAAAUAUGGCAAUUACUUCCGAUACACAACAACAAAGAAAUCGACAACGAAGAAAUCAACGAAAACGACAUACAUCAUCAUCAUCAUCAUCAUCAUCGACAACAGCGACAACAACAACAACAAC